UUUAAUUUGUGAUAUGUUUUCAGGUGAUGGAUCCCAGCUUCAGAGCUCAAUUUGGUAAUGUAAACAGGUGGUUCCUCACCACUGUGAACCAGCCGCAGUUUAAAAAGGUAUUGGGUGAAGUAAAGCUGUGUGAAACCAUGGCCAAAUUUGAUGCAAAGAAAUUUGCUGAAUUGCAUCCAAAGACAGAUGAGAAGAAGGAGAAGAAAGGAAAAGCAGCCAAAGAGGAGAAACCUAAGCAAGAAAAAAAACCAAAACAAGAGAAGAAAGAAAAACCAAAGAAAGAACAGGACGACGAUGAUGAUGAUGAUUUGCCAAAGGAACCAAAGGCUAAAGAUCCCUAUGCUGGUCUUCCAAAGAGGUUAGGAAUUCACACAACUCAUACUUAUAGUUCGGCAGUAGUAUGUCUACAUUAGAAUUGUGCUCUUCUUCACAAAAAUUAUGUUUUU